AUGUGGAUACUUCUUCACUAUCGCCCCCUAAAUUGUAACUCUCCAGGCUUCUCAUUGCUAAGCCAAAGGCCCGCGCGUACGUUGCCGAUGAAGAUGCGUAUAUGUCGCCAAAUCUCGUGGAAGUACACGGAGCCGUUCCUACUGCUGCUGCUUUGUGCUCUGGGGCUUCUGUCGAGAUACGUGACUCCUGUCUAA